AUGGAAAUAACAGAAUUAGGCGCAUGGGAGUUUAACCAACCGCGCACUGGUGCAGAUGUGUUGGAUGAUCGAGUGGACAGUUCGAACGUGCCAUAUACACGGGAAAUAUUCGAUGCUUUGUAUAUGCGUUACGAAGAGCCGCAUGGCAACUGCCGUUGGAAUAGUCCAUUGUUUGUAGUGUUUGACAAUGAUGCAUUUAUUUUAGAGGCUAUCUAUGGCGCGCUAUACGAGUCGAAAGCAAAAGAAGCAAAGAAAAAAAUUAAAAAACCACCACUAAGCGCUACAAAUUAUCUUUUCGAGCUGGAUAAGUUAACGCAACAAAUUAUAGCCGACGCCUUGGCUGCACGAAAAAUUGGUAACACCGGUCCAGUUCCGGCGGCCGUAAAUGCUAUUCAACUGAAUCGGCUACGAAGGCAAUUUCUGAAUUAUAGUAAAUUGCAUCAUGCGACCACUAACACAUUGGACCAAGUGCCGCAAUUGUUUGUACAAUUUUUAAAUUCAAAUUGUAAUGAAUAGCUUAGCUUUUAUGAAAUGGAAUUUUAAAUAAUAUAAUUUACAAUUUCAACAUCUUAACGGCAAC